AUGCCUCUUUUGGAUGAUGUUUUUGAAACAAAUUCAGGUCGUAGUAACGAAGAAGCCAAUGAUGAAUAUGAAGAACCAGAAGUUGAAAAUAUUAAAACUAUUGAACAAGUUCUAUGGAUCUGGAUUGAAAAGCAUACAAAAAUGUGCAAGUAUUCUUUGGAUAUUCGAAAAUGCGAAGUUUCUGAAUGCUGUUCACCAAAACGAGCUUCUGAG